AUGUCGCGUCCCUCCAUACCCAAGCUCUCGCUGGCCUUCAAAAAGACCGCGACGGCCGACACCGCCCCGCUCUCCGCCCAGCCCCCCGAGAAGGGUCCUCUCAAAAUCGCAGCCCUGGGUCCUGCCAAUGGAUCACUGUCGGCCCCCAUGGCCGCCAUCGCGAUGCCCAAGCUCAAUCUCCCCGCCCGCCAACAAUUGGCCAAUGGAGCCUCCGCCGCCGCCCCACCACCAGAGCAGCCGCCCCCCGACCAGCACCAGCCGCAGGGGAAGGGGGCGCAGGAGGGCCAGCACGCCGUCUACCUGCUCGUACCCGGCCUCGCCUUCCCUACACACUCGGCUCCCGGGGAGCCGCCCCUCACCGUGGGCGGCCUCAAGGCCCUCUGCUACGAUAACCUCUGCCCGCCGCUGCCCCCUUCUUCCUCCUCUUCCUCUCCUUCUGCGGUGUCGUCGCCGCCCCAGCUCGAAUUCUUCCGCCUAUGUCUGAUGCGCAAUUUGGACGAUGGCUCCAACAUUCUGCCCACCAAGCUGUGCCCCACCAACUACGAGGUGGAGAACAUCAACCGGGUGCACAUCAACGGCAUCAGGAGCGCUCCCGUCAAGUACCCCGGCAAAGACGAUGUGCCCUCCGAAGACGGGCCGCGCAGGAUACUGCUCAACUGGCUCGAGAAGGGCUGCAUCGCACUCAACCACGUCGAGCUCAAGAUAGAUGCGCAGGUGAUGCUGAUCAAAAACCUCUCGUCUGAGCUGGUCAACGGUUCCCGCGGCGUCGUGGUGGGCUGGGCAGACCAAGGUCCCUCUGCCCUCUACUUCUACUAA